AUGUUGAAUUUUGUGGCAGUUAAACAGAGAGACAGACGGAGGCCUGCUCAUAGGGAGGAACCAUAGCGAAAUGCUGUCGAUGCAUUCAGAGUCAACAUCAUACACGCAAGGCAACAGGUGAGGCGAAAGUUUCUUUUUGUCAUUCCUUAUGCUGUGCAGCUGUAG